AUGGGGGGGAGUGGUUACGGCAGUGGGCAGAAGUCGAGGCUGUCGCAGCAGGUGCAUCCGCGACAGUCGCCGCUGCGGUCGCGGCGAGUUACGGCAUCUGCGGGGCUGGAUGCAGACGAAGACGCGGAGGGGGAGGACGAUGUGGAGGAUGGGAUGGAGGAGGGCGGGGAUGCGGAGGACAAGGAGCUGUACUGUUUCUGCCAGAAGCUGUCGUACGGAGAGAUGAUUGCGUGCGACAACCCGAACUGCCGAUACCAAUGGUUCCAUUUGCCGUGUGUGAAUUUGAAACCGCCGCUGCCCGAGAAUUGGUAUUGCGAGGAGUGCACGGGGAACAUGAAGAAGGGGCUGGGUGGCGGGGUGGGCGCUGGGCGGAAGGGGCGGAAGAAGUGA